GUGAACUCCCAGGGAGGACUCGUACUUGAAUACACAGGUGGUAAAACUGCGGUCAAACCCAAAACAAUUAGUCUGAUAUAUAUAUAACGCUAUUGUGGACACCUAUCAUAUCAAAAGAAGCCAAAAAUGAAACCAGGGCAGCUGUGUACGGCACGAAUGUUGAUGUUUAAUUUCUAAGUUGGUCAGAGAUAUAGCAAGAGAUUGUUUAAUGCUUGUUGAAUUUCAGCGGUUAUGCCAAGAUAUAACAGACGAGUAUAAAAGCACUAGUAUACUACAUAAAUUUGUUGUCAAGCUUUAUACACAGUUUGGAUCACAUAUUAGAUUAUCCAAGGCAAGGUGACUUGCACGUUUUACUAUAUAUAGUUCACAAAGGUAAGGAACAUUACGUAAAUUCCCAUAUCGAUUCUAUAAAAUAAUGGAUGUUACACGCGCCACAAUGCAGUUUACUAUACAUCGUAUAGCUGUAUUGUUUACAAUUUUCUAACAACCUAAGACAACCAGUAAAACGCCAAUUUCGUAAUCAUAUGAAUCAGUAUGCCACCAGAAAUAUAUAAUUUUGCCUGAUAAAAUUCCAUAAUGGAAGGACACUCUUUUGCCGGUCAAUAUAGAAGAUCAACAUAGCUGUUUUGUAGUGUUUUUGCGACCCUGCAAAAUUAUGAACACAAAAAGGAGCUUAUAUAUUGAUUAAUUUAUCAUCGUGAGUUUAAAAGACUGCAGUGUAUAAGAUUGUUGAAAAGGAGACAUUGAUGACGCAUAUUUUAGGUGUCAGUCAGUAUACAAUAAACGACUUUGCAUGCAUGACAUGGUAGCAAACGGACGAUUUUCGAAAGAGAAAUUGAACUCGAAAGUUGUAAUUGUUCAUAUAUAAAUGAUUACUUUAUUUAAAUAAAGCAUCGUCAUAACGGUUACGAUCGUGUCAUAUAAUGGGCUGUGCCUUUAUCAACAAGAAUCUUGAACUAUCGCCCUAUCUUAUUGUACUAUUUAAACAAAACUUAAUAUUGAACGAGAAAUAAUCAGUGGGAAAACGAGUCCGUAUAUAAGGGGAGUUUUUCACGUUAUUUCCAGUUCUCCCAAACUACCACAAUGUUUUUAUUAUAACUGUACUAGAAACAUAGAAAAAAUGUCUCAGUCUAUUUGUAUAGGUAAGAGGAAUAUGGUUUCGAGUGCAAUUUGGAUAAUACAUGCACGAGCGAGUUUUUCAAUGAGAAUUAAAACAGCACGAGUCCGAAGAACGAGUGCUAUUUGAGCUCUUUGAAAAACUCACGCAGGGGCGAAACUUGAGGGCGGUAUGGGGGGGGGGUGUGACACCCCCAAAAUACGAAUCAUCUGGAUUGGCAGGGCGAAUCAUCUGGAUUGACAGGGCAAUCAAAGAUUUUACUGAAUAAUUGAAUGUAGAGUUAUUAAGUAACUUACAAGGCUUUCACGGAGCGGAAUUGAGUAGAUUUUAUAGACCUAAAUUUUACAGAUAUUGGUCUAAAAAUAAGGGUUUCACCCAUGUUUCAACAGGAAUUUUUUGACCUUUAAUGUAACUGGUUUAUGUCGGGAAAAAUUUUUUCGAUGUUUCUUUUCACUGUCCGGAAAAAAAAUUUUUCAACCCCUCCACCCUCCCCGCUCGCCAACGUUUUUGGGAAAAAUAGUGGCCAGGAAUAAAGAUUUGCUGCAGGGCAUCAUUGAUUUUGGCAGGGCAAUUCUGGCAGACCCCCCCCUCCCCCCUCAGUUAAAAGGGGUUAGUUUCGUCUCUGGCUCACGAGUGCUUGUUUUAUCCAAAUUGCCCUCGGAACCAUCCUAUUACGGAUUAAUAAUAGACAUAAAAAUGUUCCAGAAAAUUGUACUAAGUUUUAAUUUACGUUAUAGCGAAUCGUCCACGGACAAAGUUUUAAUUGCUGCUUUGUUAUAUUACAUUAUACAAUGCUAAUGACUUGAAAUUUGGCUCAACUAUGUAAGUUUGGCUAGUCUUGUUUAAGGUAAAGUCUUUUCCGUUUAAAAAAAAAAGAUAAAUGGCAUAUUUUCCACCCCUCAACUUUUACUUUUUGUAGCGCGGCCGCCAUGUUUGUUUUGUUUUGAAGCAAUCUGUGACCGUUACUUGACAACUGCUUUGAGCUGCAUGAUUGGUUGAUUCCAGAUUCGAUUAUAACGCGUAUUCAAAUUGUUUAAUUUGUUUACGUUUUUAAAUUUAAAAGGCGCUAGGCGGAAACGUUCCAUGUUUCUAUACGACGGCCACAGUUAUAAAAACACGCUUCUUGACCAAUCAACACUUGCGUACUGUAAGUCAAAUGUCUAUAUUGUAAAUGCUAACUCAAACGAUUACUUGAAGUCAACACACCAUAUAUAUGCAGAGAAGAGAGUUGGUGUUUGUGGUUUUUCUUCAUCUGCCAACUAUAUUAGUUAUUAAAGGCCCGUUCAAAGCAGUGUCGAUUCACCAUAGUUGAACGAUGACGGAUGGAAAUUUUGAAUAAAGUCAAACCUGUAUAGCUAGCUACGUGUAAUAUGAUUUGCUUCCAUGCAAACGAUCGAACAGCUUAUUUCCGAAUGAAUAACUACAUGCAUGGCUUUAACUGACUUAGAUAAACUACCUUAUAAACAUGCAGCACUCAGAAAUGUUUUCCCAUAAAUUAGCUGCAUAUGUAAAAAACAUUUAUAAGACCAAAAUGCUCUUGUGUUUGCUAGUGAAGGUAUAUCAACUUUGUACUAUUACUCUGAUAUUCAUGCGUAUACUAAUUAUAAUCAUCGAGACAAGUACAUCGAAAAUACAGGAAUAGUCAUUUUAUUAAUUUGAUGAAAACCUAUAUAUGUGUCUAGUAGGUUUGCGUGGCGAUCAAUAUACUUGAACUUGUUACCGCGUGAAAAACACCACAUGUUUUUAUUUGCAUAUUUAAUUACAAUAUUUUUUAUAUUACUUGUACAGAAGAUCGAAAUCUUCAAGAAAAAAUUAAAGCUUUAUGUUUUUCAUUACCGUUUCUAAGAGCUCUUAAAUUUGCACUGAGGAAUAAUUCUUAUCAUCAAAUGCUCAUGUCCAUGCAUAGCUCCUUUGUCUCGGAUCGGCCUGUUGGCUCCAGUCCACUCAUGCAAGGGAUAACAAAUCAAUUGGGUGUUAUCUUGGUAUAUUGUUUAAUUUCGAUGUCAAAGGAAUCACAAUGACAAUAUAUCCAUAUACCUAUCAACGAAAUGUGAUAAUCCACAAAUACUGUCUGUAAAUUCGAAAAUUUCGAGAAAAUGAGUGUAGGUUGAUAAAGGACUACAAGUUCUUGUAAAGAUUAAAGGACCACAAGUUCAUUAGCCUUUAGCUAUUAAGUGCUAUCCUCAUUAAAUAAAGAAUUUGCUUACUUACUUACUAAAGUGACAGUGAAUGAAAGAUAUACUGCACUCGCAACAAUACAAGGCGGUUUACUGAUCUAAGGGGCCGAUUACAUGGAGAACUUUCAACCCCGGGGUUGAACUCAGCCCUGUUAACCGGGUUGAAAUUUUUUGCGAUUACAUGGACCAUUUCAACCCCGGGGUUGAAACGCUAUACUAUACGUUCUCGGCAUCGAUUCGCGGAAGUAAAAAAGCCUUUAUUUUGUUGUCUUGUAAUAAAUAGUCACUACCACGCAUGCUCGAAUAACUCAUGAUAAUUUCAGCCCUGGAUUGAAACGAUCUGAAGCAGGGUUGAAAUUUCAACCCUGGGAUUGAACUCAGCCCUGGGUUGAAAAUUUUGUCAUGUAAUCGCGCGUUUGAUUUUGAUAGAGUUUUGUAUUACAGACAGGGCUGAAAUUUCAACCCGGUAAACAGGGCUGAGCUCAACCCCGGGGUUGAAAAUGCUCCAUGUAAUCGUCUCCUAAGAGCUGACUUGAUUUAUGAGCUCCACCAAAUAAAUCACUCGUUUCGUUAUUUUAAUAAUCCGCAGAAUUUGCAAUGAAAGAUAAAUCUACAAGGAGUACAUAAGUGUACAUUAGCCGAAGAAAACUGCUCUAAUCUAUUUAUCUUGUCAGAAUGUUCACAAGCUUCAGGGCAUACAUUUUCGCCUGGUUGCCAGGCUCCCCCCCCCCCCCUUUGACUACGCAGGCCUUGCCGAGAAACAUCCAAAACGCGGUUCAAGUGACCCAAGGUUCUUCAUCAUGAAAAAGAUUCUUAACAAAUCAGACAAAAUUCUUUUUUGUCAAGCAUCCUUUUCGGCAGGAUGAAGAACCUUGGGUCACUCGGAGAAGCGCUACUUAUCAAGCGCGUCUAUUUUCGUUAGGUCAAACUCUCCGUUGACAAUUGGCGAAAAAGAUAGAAUUGUUUUGGAAUAAAAUUUCACUGUUUUUGAUCAGUCGGAACUUAGCCUUUUAUGUAUAGUCCCUGUAUGCAUUGGUUACAAAAUAGAACUGCAUGUCAAUUUUUUAGUCGAACCAUAUUACAAACACGUACGUAUCAGCAUGUAAUUGUUACGUCUCCGGAUGGUUCUAGAAUCACUACUGAAUAUAACUGAUAAAAUGAUACCAAAUUAACUCCAAAUUGACCAAGUCAUCUCCAAAGUAUCAGUUCCACUCAUUUAGUGCUCAUGCAAUGCUCGUGUGCAUUGACUUAAAACAUACUUGACUUUUUGUUGAGGAAACUUUCAAAAUUCUCUGCAUGGACUUGCAUCAGGGAAGUACUGUACGAUAGGGCAUUACCAUAAUGUUAUAAUCAACGUCAACCUGUGCAAUCAUUUUUAGAUUUAUUAUUUAAACGGCGGCAAUAAGAGUAUAAAUGUGGGUGUAUGCAUGUAAUUAUAACGCUUCAGAAAAAUAAUUAUUGAUGGCGACAAGACUAAAUACUUUACGUAGGCGUGCAAUUACCUGGUCCAAUGUCUUAAACCCAACACACACAAACGCUCUAAUCACCGGUUAAUUUGACCUGCCAACCACUCUGGAUUUUAGAGCAUUAAGUUAUUGCGAAAUUGUGGUCGUAGAUGCUGACAGAGGUACUUAACUGCGAUAUUCCUUCAAGGCAUUUGUAACUCAGUACUUGGUCAAUACUUCAAGAAUCAGAUUCUGUGUCGAAAUCAAACGUCUAUAUAUAACUGCUACAUAAUCAAGUAAUAUCUUUAUCGGCAAGCAUUUGCUACACAGAACCAUAUAACGUCAUUUUUGUUUCCAGUAUAUUAAUUUUUACCAGAUGGUAUAUACACCUGAACUCCGGAAUCAAAUACAGUUAACGUAAGAAAUCCAGUUGAAAUCUAAAGACUUCUCAUGGUAAGAUAUGUCAGGCACUUUACAGCGCGUGUUUAUAACGUACAUGACCCCUCAGGAUUACUGGUCGACAGGAUGAGACGGACAGGAUUAUUUUGCUGCAUGAAAAUAAGUCGCAAUUCAUGAAAAUGUCACUGACACUGUUGCUCUGGUAUAUUCGGAAAAAAUUGCAAACGAAAGACAUUUCGUAAUCAAAGCGCUAUGAUAAUUUUGUUAAGAGAUAAGAUCUGAUUAAUUAAUAACAUGUCGGAUUGUUUAAUCAUCGUUUGACUUUUUCAGUGUUAUUUAAUAUUUCAAACUGGUCAUCCAGCCAUCCGCCCCUGAAAAGCGAAACCAUGCAUGCAUGUACAGCUGAUUCAUGCAACUGAAAUUAUCUUUUCAAAGUUAAACAACCCCAAACCUCGAUCUCUAAGAGCGAAAGUACAAUGGACAUGCAUCGUGCAUAGAGGUCGAAUUAGUUUUGCGGUUGUGACUUUCAAUCAGAAGACAACGUUAAUUGAACUGAUUAAAUUAGAAUAACUUUAUCUUAGCAUCUCCUAUUUUGCUUCAACUACAUGCGUGGGAAUUCGAGUUAAUCGGUGUUUUGAAUUCGCACAGGUAUAUUGAUUAUACAUCAGGCCUAUACCAAAGGAGUUGAAAGGCUAGAUGUGUUUUUCUACUUUACUGUUCUGUCUGUACAUCUCUACACUUACAUAUGUACUUGACAUAUGUACUCUCUGUGCAUCUGGCACUUGUUCGGACUAUACAUUUACACUUAGAGCAAAUUAACAUUUUCGGACUCGUUACGAAUCAUGGAUGGCCGGGUAAUUUCAUAUCGGAUUUGUUUUGCCGUUUGACUAAUGAAUGAGCAUGAGUCCGAUACAAGAUGGUCACAAAUAGAGUAUAAAUCUGGAACUUUCGAAUACCGGCCGGAAAAGUUUGUGGGAAAUCUAUCAUCCGAAAAAAAACAAUUUAGGAACCCGGAUACUUUCAUGAGUCCGGAAUCUUUUGCUCUAAUGUAAACGAAGUCUCAAAGUGUCCACCCACUCUAACUACUGUAUGCAUUUCCAAUUUCAAAUAAAUGAUAGAAUUUUCUUGUUUGAAAUUGGGAAAAUAGUUAUACCUUUAAAUCAGGCACCAAAUCCAAUUGUUGACAUACUAAGGAAAAUCACGCCAAGACAUAUAUUACUCAUUAGAUAAUUGUGUCAAAUUGGAAAAAUUUCUUAUAGAUCGAUCGUACUGCAGAGCACUAAUAUGAAUAGUUAUUAUUUUGCAACGAUGAACAUGCAAAUGCCUAUCUCAUCAUUUCAGCAUAAACAGAUGUAUUGUCAGUUAUAUCACAUAUAAUAUGUCGACGUUGUGGCGAAAUUGUUUCGUAGACUAACCCAGUUUUUCUCGUGUUAAUGUGAAUUGUUUCAAGUUACAACAGAAUUUCCCAACAAUUUGAAACUAGAGUAACUGAAUACUUAGUAUCAUAUUAUAGUAUCAAAUUCUGCUAUAAUGAAUUUGCAUUCAUUGCGUUAAAUCUUAUAUUAAUUAAUAUGUUUGUGUUUGUAUAUGAACACUGUACAUUACAUGGAUGGAUACUCAAAAUAUGCAAAUCAACUAACAUUAGAGCAAAAAAAUGGAAAUCAUGUGAUUGCGACAUUAUGAUUUUGCAAAUUUUUAGAAAUAUCGUAAUGUGCGGUAUAUGGAAAGGCCUAAUUUAGAACGUCUGUAGAAUAUUCUAGCAUCAUUACACUCCAGACAAAUUAGUACAUCUACACAUUUAUUACAGAAUGAAACAUGUGCAUAAAACAAACUAUCAAAUUAAACCGCCCGACCUAUUAACAGCUUAUCAAACAGCGUAUGGAUGUCACACAAUUGAACUACUAUAGCAAACCGGGUCAGCUAAUAAGUAAUAAAGUCUUCGUAUCUUGCAUAAUGAAAACUAGAAGCCGCGUAUUACAAUAAUGAAGUUUUUAUUCUAUGUACAUUUGAUGCAAGAGAAAGAAAUCAGUAUUGAUUUGUGAGAUCUUAUACUAUAAAAGUAUGAACUGAUUACUGAUAAUAAAAACAGAUAACAUUUUGUCCCGGCGUCUGCGUUAAUAAAUAAACAAUAAACACUUUAAGGAAAUGAUAGCAUAUGUCACCAUGACCAAUGUAUUAAAAAUCCAAUACUAUAUUUGAUCUACUAUAACGACCAUUAUUAUGUUAGUUUAUGACUAGUAUGUCUAUUGACCUUCAACCAUACAAAUGUACCACUGUACAAGAAUAAAAGAGAAAACACAAGAGCGAUCGUCAUAUAGACUACACAUCCCACGCAAUAUACUUGGUAGGUAACUUGUACCGAUUAAUGGCCUUCCUGCUUUUAAACGGCCUUAAUUAACUGACAAGAAGAUAUAGCCUGCUAGAUAAUUAAAUGCUUGAAUCGAUCGGUCAUCGCUCUUAGUUUUGGCGAUUUCAACUGCCCUCAUGUACACUUAAUAAUAAUAGACCGUUGCGAAAGGGGAUGAACGUGAGGGAGAAAAGAAUCAACAACUAUACCUUACCCUAAACCUUAAUUUACCCUGAACCUAACCCCACCCUAAUAUAUAAACAUUAACUAAAGGGAACCCUGAGUUUAAAUUUGAACUGUGUCCAAGAGGGGCGUAGAUUUGAAUUUCAAAAUGACAUUAUAAAAUGCCGAAGUGUAAAUGUAUUAUCUCGGAAAAUGCAAUAUUUUUACUCAUACGACAACCAGCUGUGUGAUCUUUUUUAUAGAAAACUUUGAAUCUAUAUACUCAAUUGCUAAGCGUGUGACUGAUAUGCAUGCUGAAGCCACAUUAAUCAGCGGCUUUUUGAUAUUACGUACACCCUGUUUUUGUUUCCAUGUCGCCCAAUCCAUACAGAUACUGACAACAUCACAUUUACAAAACUAGGAUAAUUGUUGCUCAUCUUAUGUUACAUGUGACCCACUAUAUAAUAUAAUAUAAUAUAUACCUAUAUAAGACAAUAUAAGUAUAGUUAUAUAAUUCAUUUCUUCUCAGUCGAUCGCCAAAAAAAGUGAUAUAUCGGUAUAUAGCAGUGCUCUUUAUGCUGUUUAUGCAUGCCCAAAAUAGACAAAAAAAUCAAUUUCAUGAGAAAAAUAUCAGAUGUUCUGAUGCAAACGAUGUUUACAAAGAUUUUAUACAAAUACUGCUUCAGUCAACCAAUUAAGGAAUUUUUGAUCACCUAUUGAGGAGCAUGGGAAAACGCCUACGUGUAUUAUGUGUCUGAUAUUUUUAUCUUAUUUGGAUAAAACAUUGCUAAAACAAAUAUAUACAAAACAAAGAAAGACGUCUUAGUGUGCUGUUGUAUAAUAUCAUUAAUCUUCCUACACACCGACUCGCACUGUUUGUUUUUGGAGCCGGAGAAAGCGUUAAAUAUUUUGCGUGUGCGUCUGAGCUGAUGAUAACUAGAUCGUAUCUCAUUUACAGAUGAUGAGAAUAUAAAUUUUUAUUUGACAAACAGAUAAGCUUGACGAUGUAUGAGUUUAUCUCAUCUUAAGUGGGAGAGCCUGGGAAACUACAGAUUAUAUAUUUUACCAAUAUUCUGCCUAAUUAGCUGCAAAUAUAUAGUUGUCAACUGGAGACGGAUUUUAAUUCAUAGACCACUGAUUUACAUAUACCCUUGUUGUUGAGAAACACCAUCAGUUGAAGUAGGCACUCUUCCUGUGAAUAUAUCGAUCGUAAAGCUCUUCUCAGCUUGAAGGAUUCUGUCAAACGGAUACAUAUUGUCGUGUAGUGGAAGAGAGGUAGGCAUUGCUAUCCAACUUUUGGUAUCUGGCAAAGGCCAGUCAGUUAGUAAAAAUUAAACAUACAUUGUUUCUGGGAUAUUUUUUAGCGUAAAAAGGAUAUGUAGAUUAGUUAUUUGUUUUAUUCUUGUUUAUUUAUUCGUGAUUUCUCUACAAUACCAUUUGAUAAUAAUACGUGCUAUUAUUAUGGCACUUUAACCUAAAAUCAUUAUUCAUUUCAACCCAUGUUAUCUAACUUUACCUAGCUACUUGUACAAACUUACAAAUGUGUGUGUAGUCCAUGUUAUCAUAUAUAUGAACUUUUCAUGUGUUUGUAUAACGACAAGCUAAUGUUUUAAGUAUUGCAGGUUGCUUAGUAUAUAGGGAGGCAUCGAUUCGAGCGAUUGGAUCAAUGUUAAUUUGGUUGAUUUAAUGUAAACAGUUAUAUAACCUUGUAAUUAUCAGUUAGAAUGUGUGAAUGGGAUCGAAAUCACAUGCAUGCAGGUAUAAAAGAACGAAUGACCGCUGAGUAUGUAAAGCACCAACAUGUUAAGUACUAUUUAAAGCACGCGUAGGAGUGUUUUAUCACAUAUAAAACACGACGCGUAGCGGAGUGUUUUAUAUGUGAUAAAACACGACUACAAGUGCUUUAAAUAGCUUAAAAAACGACUCAUCUUAUACGAGUUCAUUGGCGAAGAAAUUUUUAAAAUAAACUUUGUCUAAACUGAGAAAAUCAAAGCUAAAGUUUAUGUAAAUUAACGUGAUUUUUUAUCACAUAUAAAACCACGACACGCUUAUGAUUUUUCUUUGUGUUUUGCUCCUGAAUUAUUAAUGAGUUUUUUAAGUAUAUAUCAUUGCUAUUAUGUUCUUCGACUUUAAACAGUAUCACUGCGCGUUGUUAUUGUUUGUUUAUUUAACCACAACCUACGUUUUAUAUAACCGGUUGACGUAAUUAUAUUUGGGGAAAUACAAUAUAUCGUAUGUUAUGCUCGCCAAAGAUGAUGCUAUAAGGGGUGUAUGUGGUGCAGAGUUUUUACAUAUAUUUUCAUCGAUGCCGAAAAUUAUACUUUGCUUCAAUAAUUUUCAGUAAUACACUCGGCCCUCUCUGAUGGGGACACUACAGUAAAGAGGUGUGUCACUGAACAUUAGAGAGAUGUCUAUAUAUUAGAGAGGUGCCCGUAAAUAGAGUUUAGACUGUAAGUUAUACCACAAAAUAUCGCAUAUGCUGAACUUUUAAAUUUGACAUUAUAUAGAAUAAUUAAUUGCAACAAAUUAAAUAGAAUCGACAAUUCAAUCUUAUAUAUUCACAUAAAUUUUGCAGAAUUGAAUUUUAGCACAAUAUUUUAUAUUGCAUUUCCCGUAUGGUUUAAACGUCACACAUUUAUGCGUCAAACGAAAUGUCUAAUAACAACGAUAUAUUCGAGAAGUUUGACGACUUUGACUGUUAUAUCUUUAUUCAUGCAGGAACCGUUCUCAAAUGCAAUUCUUAAAUAUACAAAGUUAAAAUUAGUAUAAUAUAUUUCCUUAUUUUGCCUAUAUCCCAUGUUGUCCUAUAUUAUAUGUUAAAAUAACAUUAAUAUUGAAAAAGUUAAAAGUUUAAAAACUAGUUCAUUAUGGCUUAAAAUGUGAAAGUGUCUUCAAUUAAGCGUCUUUAAUAAGUAUGCACUAAACUUAAAAAUAACCAGACCUAGGUUUUCCUUGCGAAACGUUUUUUAGCUUUAGAACGACUACUUCUGUCGAUCACAAUUAUAUGAUAGUCAAACGUAAUUUUCCUAAAGGCCCGUUUACAUUUCCAAUUUUUGCUGCGAUUUUAGGUGCGAUUUUCUUCUUCUGAUGGAUGUGAAUGAGUGGAUAAGUGAUGAAUAUUCAGAUGAGGGUACAUGUACUCCGAACAUUCGUAACUCAUCUACUCAUUCACAUGUAUCAGAAUAGGAAAAAAUCACACUAGAAAUCGCAGCAAAAAUUGCAAGUGUAAACGGGCCUUAAAAAAGAUUAUAUUAAAAAUGGCGUAAUUCAAAGGCGAAGGUCGAACUGCAUGAUGAUGUACUUAAACUUUGAAAUUAGGCAGCUAUAUAGCCCAACGUUUGAACUUCAUCACCAAUCUUCAAUAUCUUUAAUUUAUUCUUCUCUUUUUAGACUCCAGUUUAAGAUGAAGAAGAUCAUUGUUAAGUUAGCUGUCUUUCUGUGUUUACUAAUUGGCAACGUUCACGUCAAUGGGCAUCAAUUGUGUAGAGCACAAAAAGCGCAAACAACAGUCAUGACCAAGGGUUGUGGUCUACAGCCAAUCAUUACCACAGGAUGUAGAGGCUACUGUGCAUCUGAGUCAAAACCACGUUUGCGAGGGGCGAAAUUCGUAGAAACAUGCAACUGUUGUAGACCACUUAAGUCAAAGAUAAAGCGCGUUGUUGUAUGUGAUUCUCCCAGAGAAGAACGUCUAGUACCGGUUGCAAGAAGGUGUGCUUGUCGACCUUGCACGAUUAUUUGAGAUCAAAGAUCAAAGUGUUCAGAAACAAUCACGGUAAAGAUCAAUUUAGUGAACUAACCCUUGGAGUCAGCAAGUAACUUAAUAAACAAUGUGAUCUCACCACUGUCGCUUUUGGCUCACAGACCAUCAAAUACCCAGACGAUUAACUUGACAAGAUUCUCAUUCAUAGAGCAUUUGCAAAACACUGAAACAUAACAUGCAUGUAUAGCCUUGGCAGUUCGGCUAUAUUCUCCAAUUUAUCUUAAAUUUUAAACAGAAUUACAUAAUGUUUCUCGACUAUGAGACGACUGUUCAAAUGAGCAGGACCAGCCCGGCUAGACGGGAUGAAUCGGUGUCACAAAACAUUUUUUCGUAACCAUAAAAGAUCAUUUAAAUGAACUUUAUACUGUUAUCAAACUAUAAGGUACUGUACGUCUUUGAAAUGUCAUUUUGGAUGUUUAUCAAAGCCUUGAUAAGAGUUUUACUAAACGAUCCCAGUUAGCCGGGCCAACCCGGCUCUAUAUGAACAGCUCUAUGUUUUUUAAAAGAAUUACAUCGAAACUGUGCGCGUGCAUAUAUAAUGGUACGCUUCACUGCUCCAGUGUAGUUUUGCAAAUGGUCUUUUGUCUGUCUCUAGACUUGUCGUGUACAUAGUGAAGAAAUAGGAACCAAAUCUUUUAUUAAUUAACUAUAUUUGUUGUAUAACUUUGUAUAUACUAUGGGCAGGGCUAUGUAAACUGUUACAAACAUAACUGAUUAAAAUGUAACAAAAAUAAUGUUGACGAAAACACUAAUAAAUUCUCGC